UGUGUGUGUGUGUGUGUGUGUGUUUACACACACAGGACUGUGUCUGGCAUGCUGCUCUCUCAGAUAAGAGGAAGAUUAGUCCUGUUAUUCCGUUUGAUUUUGUCUUUCCUCUUGUACGUCCUCCAUUAAGCACAAUGAUCUCUCUUCCUACGACACGACGCACUCUCAGCACUGCAGCACUUCAGGCUUUCUUCAUGUGUAUGGUGAUUGUAGUGUGCAGAUCCCAAUCACGACCUCCACUCAACCCUGUGGACUGCUCCCUGUCCGAAUGGUCCCAAUGGACCCGCUGUGACCCCUGCCUAAAAAAGAGGUUCCGCUACGCCACAGUGCUGCAGCCGUCUCAGUUUGGGGGAGAGCCGUGUCAUGAGCUCGGCCGUGAGGAAGAGUCGUGUACACCGCCCUCGCGCUACGCAUGCCGCAGUUCUGUACCGCUCUGCCAGGGCUUCCAGUGUUCCAGCACAGGUCGCUGUGUUCCGGAGGGGCUACGCUGUAACGGGGAUGAUGACUGCGGUGAUGCCUCUGAUGAGCUCAACUGUACAAAAGUGUUCAAAGCCUGCAAGGAGAAAACAGAAGAGUACUACGGCAUCGAGAAUCUCUCCAAAGGGAUUAAUGUGCUGAACAGUAACUUGGAGGGUGUAGUGCUGGAUAAUCGCUACUACGCUGGCGGCUGUUUGCCCUAUUUUAUCCAGGAUGUGCGCUUCAGGAAACCGUACAACGUUCAUCAAUACACUUUGGAGACAAAAGGCUCCUAUGAUUUCAAGCUUGAAUCCUACGACUCAUACAGAGAGUACUCACAGAACACGAUGAGGGCCACCAUGUCCAGGACCACCGUUUCCUUCGGCUUCAGUAUCCCUGGAGUCUUCAACAUCGGCUUUAACUUUGAUGAAAGCAAGUACAAGAAAUCUGUGCAGAAGCUUCGCAGUUAUGCUGGGAAGACAAACAGCUUCAUUCAUGCACACUCCAGGCUCGAGCUAUCACGUUACGCGCUUAAGGUAGGCAACUUGAUGCUGCACCCAGAGUUCCUGUCACGCCUGCGAGCUCUCCCGUUCGAGUACACAUACGGCGAGUACCGACAGCUAUACAGCGACUAUGGCACACACUACAUCACAGAGGGCAGGCUCGGGGGAGACUUUGACUACACCCUCAUCCUCAACAAGGAUAUUAUGGAGAAAACUGGGUACACUCUAAACGAUGCCAAGUCGUGUCUGCAGGUGGGUUUUAACCUCGGAAUAAACAUUAAAGGUGUGUACGUGUCAGGAGGGGUAUCAGCUGGAGGUUGCAAAGGCCUGCUGGAAGAGUUCGGAAACACUACGAGUCGUUCGUCGAUAGUGGAGGAUUACGUAGCCGUGGUCAGAGGAGGAAACAGCGAGACGGUCUCACGUCUGGCCUCCAAGCACUUCCCCACACCGGACAUCAUGCAGCUAUGGGGGGAAGCCGUGCACUACAGUCCUGACUUCAUCAGCACUAAGCUGACACCGCUGUAUGAACUGGUGACAGAAAAGGAUUUCACCAACACCAACCUGCUGAAAAAGAAUCUGAAGCGCGCGUUGAUAGAGUUCCUGCGUGAGAGCGACUCGUGCCGCUGCGCUCCCUGCCUCAACAACGGAGUGGCCGUGCUCAAAGGUACUUGGUGUGAUUGUAUCUGUCCUACUGGCUUCAGGGGGCUGAGUUGCGAAGACACGAAACGAUCAGGAACACCGGUGGAUGGAAACUGGAGCUGCUGGUCUGAAUGGUCAGCCUGCAAUGGUCAGACCAAAAAGCGGACUCGUCAGUGCACCAACCCGGCGCCGCAAAACGGCGGAAGUUCCUGUCAGGGAAUACCCGAAGAAUCCGCUGACUGUUUUUAAACUUCGCGUCAAAAAAUGCACGUGUCAAUACUGACAUUUUGACCAGAAUGGCAGAAUGUUUAUGUUUUUGCAAAAAUAAUUGCCACUGCUCCUGUUAAAUAAAUCAAGACAAACAACGUA